CGGUGUAGUGGCAAGGCAUGCCCGACCGGCACCGUGCGUCUUUGACAAAAUGCUGAACACGACUUGCCUCUAUCUUGAAACUAUGUAUUUGAAGUUGCAGACGCGGCCUUAACGUUUUCCAUUUGAAUUGAUUUGUUCUUGACAAAUUCUCAUACCAUCCCUUUGGGCAGUGGGCAGUGUCGUCUGCUCAGCGCCGCAGGAGCUUGUUGUUGUUGUGUGGUGUGGAGCUGUGUUUACGUGUACUCUGUGGACUCUUAACUCUGAUUUUCGCGUGUCUUUUUUAGACUUUUUAAUAACCAGACUCGUAAAGUUUCUCUUUUAAUAGUGCUACAAGUUUUAUGUUUCACUUUAACGGCCAUCAUGAGGCUUCCUUUUCAACGGCGUUUAGGUCUUGUGCCACAAUUGCUUCAUCAGGUGUCCAAAAUACAGACUAGAAGUUCAGACUUCUCACUUCUUUCUCGGCAGCUCUCUAGCAACAGUAAUUUUAUGAAUACACAAUAUAUUGAUGUCUCUGAAGAAGUCCGCUGUGCGCUUUUUGAGGGUAAACCAGUUGUUACUUUGGAGACAGCUAUCCUUACACAUGGUAUGCCAAAUCCAACAAAUGUGGAAACAGCCCUUAGAGUUCAAGAAAUUGUUAGAGAAAAUGGGGCUGUUCCUGCAACGAUAGGCAUAAUCAAGGGAAGAAUCAAAGUUGGCUUGGAUGAUGAUACAUUGAUUCGCCUCGGCACUGUGAAGACUGACACUUUUAAGACUUCGUACAGAGACCUACCUUUUGUCUUGUCUCAAAAAUUGAAUGGCGGCACCACUGUAUCUACCACUCUGACAGUGUCCAAAGCUGUUGAUGUUCCUGUAAUGGUUACUGGUGGGAUUGGAGGAGUUCAUCGGGGUGGAGAGACAACUAUGGACAUCAGUGCUGAUCUUGUUGAGCUUGGCUGUACUCCAGUUGGUGUAGUGUGUAGUGGUGUUAAAAGUAUUCUUGAUAUUGAAAGGACUCUUGAGUUUCUGGAAACUCAAGGUGUCUUGGUUGCUUCAUUUGGCCCAACUAAAGAUUUUCCAGCAUUUUACUCACGAGAGAGUGGUCAACUUUCUCCAUACAAUGUAAACACAUCUGAGGAGGCAGCCGGUCUAAUCCAUGUGAUGAGAAACAGCCGACUGAGGAGUGGUUUAGUCAUUGCGGUGCCUGUGCCACAAGAGAGUGCCAUUCCGCGUGAUGAAAUGGAGGAAAUUAUUAAAGUUGCUGUCAGUAAGGCAAAUGAGAGUGGCAUUCGAGGUAAAGAAAUUACACCUUAUGUGCUCAGCCAGGUUGCGAAAAGCACAGCUGGCCGUUCGUUAAGUACUAAUGUUGCUCUUAUCCAAAAUAAUGCCGCUGUAGGUGCAAAAAUUGCAGUGGACCUAGCCAAGCAGAAUUUUAAAAGAUUGAAACCCAACACUCAAGGUGGAACAACUAAGGAAAAACCUGAUGUAAUGGUGAUUGGUGGUGCAGUGGUCGACAACAUCACCAAGCUGUCGGAGCCUUUCAAGGUAAGCUUCAACUCUGUCGCUGCUUCUCCUUUCAUUGCCAUUGCUUGUGGUGAUGUGACAUGUCUGGAUCAUUGUGUUAGAUUUAAUGAUCUUGGUCAGAUGUAGAGAAAUAAUGCACCCUUGUUUAUUUUGCACUAUGUACAUUGGGAUACAAGCAACAAAAAGGGUUUCUCUGUGUGAAGACUUGUCUCAGGGGACUGUUACGUUUGCUGUGCAAACUGGUCACGGACAUGCUGUAAUAUAUGUAACACACACAUAUAUAUUGUCUUAACAGUUUCACAGAAACAUUUUAAUUGAUUGGAGGUUAAAGCAUUUUGAAAAGGGACAUUCUGAGGAGACAUAUCUAACUUCUCAUGAGCCACCUUUUCCAACACUCAUGGGAUACAAAUCACCUAUGUGGUUCUGGUCUGUGGUAAUUUUUCCCUCCAUUGCGGGGGCAUAUCUACCUUAAGAGUGAAGGUUUGAAAUAUGUUGUUUUAUGUUAUUUUUGUCAAGAAAACGGUGACUUCUUCUAUCAGUGCAAAAUCUAACUUGAGAGCAAGUUUUGAAUGUUUUAUUUUCAUCUGCUUUGCACUUCAGUUUUAUGUUGACUCCAAAUGUUCAUUAUUGUUGAUAAGCUUUUUCUUUUAGUGACUCUUGCCUCUCCAAAUCAGGAUGAGAUAUCUAUUGUCAGACUAUGCCCUCCUUGACAAGUGUAAAUUUCAGAUCGUGUUACUGAAAAAGAUGUUAACAUUUUUCACAAACUAGUAAAACCAAAAAUAAGUAAAAAUUUAAAGUUGAACAUGAA